GCUUCAAAGCACUUCGAAGUGAAGUUUCGGAACACAUUGCCGUACACAAAGUUCUCAAAUCACAAGGCAGAAAACCUGUUGAAUUCCCGCGCGAUUUCUUAUGUGGGAGGUAUUUUACAAUGAAAGUUAUGGAAGUCUCCGUUGAAGAAAAGGAUUGCACUAACGAAAUAGUUACACCUCCCAGAAAAAAAAUGAAGCAAGCUCAACUGCCAUUUCAAAUGGUCAGUUCAUUGGGGUCGCCCAAUACAAUUGGAAACAAGAAGAGGAAGCUAGAAUCACCAUCACCGGUGGAAAGCAAAAGUCCUAGGACUGGGAAGAUAGUUAAGAAACAAAAUGCGUCCAAAAGGGCCAAGAGUAGUGAAGUUGAAAUUAUUGAAGUGGAUGUUUCGGAUGUGGAAAAUGUUUGUGAUCAAGACAAUGUUAAGGCGUUAGUGGAAUUUAGAGAAGAAGGUGCAGCCAAGCAUGCUGAAAAAAAUCCGAUUGAUAGUGAAAGUGAUGUCAAGAAACGUAAGGAUUACGGUUCGUUAAACAGGUUUUUAAAAAAAGCACAGAGCAAAGAAUCAAAGGAUGAUCUCCAACUUUUAGCAAUGAGCGAUUAUGAAUGCGGCAGCAGCAAAGAUAGUGAUGCUUCAUUGAAAGUAAAAUUAGACUUACAAACAUCAAAGGAAGUUCUCGAGCAAAGCUCCAAGAAAAUCGUAGAGCAAAGUUCGGAAGAAACUGCGGAACAAAGUUCAGAAUCUAAAAAUUCUACAACUCAGAUCAAAGAGAAUAGUGCCGUCUCGACAAACAUUACAGAAUCUCAGUAUAAUAUCGAAUCACUUCAAAAUACUGAGCAGAACACCAGUACUGAGGAGAAGAAGCUCCUUCCUGAGGAGACGAAAAAUUCAGACACUGAUUCAACUUGUCAUCGAAAGGAUAGCGUACAUUCUGAUAGCAUUAAUGCUAAGAAUGACGAAUCGGAUUCUGAUACUGGUGGUUCAUCAUCGGACGAAGAUGUAGACGACGACCCAGAUAAGUCUAGUAAUGAGAAUACAGAAAAGGAUAAAACUUUAGAAGAAAAUGACGGAAGCAAAACACCUAGAAGUGAAAAGUCGGGUGUAUUCAAAAAUAGAAAAUUAACUCCAAAACAGAUUGAAAGACGACUUCAGAGUGCUAAGAAACGCGAAGAGAAGCAGCAGUUGAAAAUGGAAAAAAAGAAAAAGCGAGAAGAGCAGCGUGAGAAUCGUAGAAAACAGAAGGAGGAGAAGGAGAAACUUGAGAAAGAACAAAAGCGGAAAGAGAAAGAAAUGAAGGAGUUGAAAAAGCAAAUUGAAAAUGAGCAAAAACAGAAAGAGAAAGAGGCAAAGGAGGAGGAGCGUCGGAAGAAAGAGGAAGAGGCUGAGCGUAAAAAACAAAAGGCUGCAUCUAAUUUUGCAAACUUCUUUGUUCCGAAAAAGCAGGAAACAAAAGCUCUUGAAGAAGACGGUGUAGUUAAAGACCAAAACUUCAUGCCAUUUGAAGUCAAAGUAGAUAUGAAGGUAGCUCCGAUAACCAGGAGGAAUCUUAAUAAUGAAACAAAAUUAACUUUCGAUGGAUUGUUCAACAAAGGAGUCUUGAAAAACGAAUUAUAUCUCAAUCAGCUCAAACGAAAUCGCAAUGAUGUCGGUAGAUCCGGAAGAACUUGGCCAUGUGAGACCAAGGAUGAUGUUGUUAUCAUUGAUGAAGAAGAUAGUUCCUCUGAUGCGGUGGACCAAGGGGAUGCCGCAGUUGUAGAAAAGCAUCAUCCCAAGUUCUUUAUGUUCGCCGAGAAUCGUCGACCACCCUUUUGGGGAACGUGGAGGAAGAAAAGUACGCAUAUAAAGCCACGGAAACCGUUUGCUAAAGAUCCGAAAUGGUUCGACUACGACGUCGACUCCGACGAUGAAUGGGAAGAAGAGGAACCGGGCGAAUCCCUUCGAGGUUCGGACGAUGAGCGCGAGGAAGAAGGACCGGAAGAAAAUGAAUACGAUGUCGACAAUGAGUUCAUGGUACCCCACGGAUAUCUUUCGGAUGAAGAGGCCAAAGCGGAUGAAGAGGACGGUGAAGAUAUGUCGCCGGAGACCCAAAAAUUAAAAUUGAAGCUACUAGGCGAACAGUUUGAGGCUGAGAGAAAAACUAAAACGUCCAAGAUCAAGCCCAAGGUCAUAGGAUGUGUUUGGCAAGGAUCGAUUAACGCUUUUCCGGAAAACACUACCCCGCACGUGAUAGAAGCUCUUAUGUCUCGGCAGGCGUGGGUACGCGAAAUUCCAGUCACAUUGAGCGUGCUGCAUGCUUCGGAAAAUCUAGCUCCGAGUAUGGCAGAACGUCAGAGUCCAACGCCACAGUCGACUGGGCCGAAGAAGAAGAAAGUGCCGGAAGAGGCGAUACCAAACCUGAUACGUUUGGUGCACGGCAACACGAACGGGAGGAUAUUCUUGAUGAAAGAAUUCAUGGCGUUUUGGGAGAAGAACAAGACCGGGGAUAGGCAAAUAUCGAAACUGAGCUUUUCUCAAAAGUUGCGAGAAAUCGCCAGUUGGAUAGCGUGUCCUGAGGAGGGACCGAUGCACACGCGCUCUUGCUGGUACGUACGCGAAGAUAUUCGUAAGAAGUACGAUUGUCUUGACGUGACGUUACCGAAUCGGUGGAAGUACACUUUGCGGCCCGCCCGGCGAAGCGAGCUUCCCGACAUUGAAAAGACGGAGAAAGUCGACAAGGAGAAGGAGAAGAAGAGAAUACCACUGAUCACUCAAUUCACCAAGAAGAUCACCCAGGAGGAGAUGCAGAAGCAGCUAGGCAGCAAGUCGACCCCUUCUCAGAGCAAACCUCCGAAGAGAGCAGCUUUGAUAUCAUUGCCACGCAGUGAGCAGUUUCAAAAAUUGUCGAGAAACAAUUUGUUCUCAAAGUUCGCAACUUGCGGUGAUUCUUCGAAGAGCGUAGAAUGUCAAGAGGACAAAGCUGACGGUGAUCGGGAAGUUUCAAUUAUCGAAUCUACAGGAGAAAUUCAAAAUUUAGACCGGAACGAAACUAAAUGUCAAGAGGCCAAUGUUCAAGUCUCAGACGUUGUUCGGCAAGCUGUUUCGGAGACCGAGCAGACUUCCGCAGACUCCAAAAUUGCCGAGAACUCGGAAGCUGACCGACUAAAAAUGAAUACAAGCGAAGCCCUGAACUUGGAAAACAAGGACGCAGAGGUGAUUGAGGCGAAGAACAAAAGCCCCGUGCCAGAGUCGAUGGACAUCGCAGAAGACAACGUAGUUGUAUUAGAUUAGGCUUAUUCGGUAACGAACUUUGCUUACCCUGCCCAAAAUCUGACCCUCGCACCUCGGUGUUCAAUACUCCCAGUAUAUUACGAGUAACGAAUUCUAGUGCCUUUUUAUCGUCGGCCGUGACUCGCUCGCGGCCGUUUCAUUCGAUUGAUUUUAUUUUUACGCAUCUAUUAAGACUAAGUACACACCGCAUACAUAUGACAUAUCAAAGUAUUAUCGAAGUUAAGUUUAUACACGUAUUGAGAAAAUGAAGUAAUGAGAGAAACAUCGCAAAAUGAAAGAGUGCAAUUGAAAUUUGCCGUUGGUACGAAAACAGCUUUUCGUGUGAAAAUCGUGCAGUUCAGUAGCCGUUUUUACGUGGUUUCUGUUUUGCUGUAUACGAAACAAAAGCCGAUACUAAUUUGACAGAAUCCCUCUAGAAAAUACCUUCUAGAAAUGUUGAAUUAUAGAGAAAAUUUUUUCGUAGUCCUACUUAACAAUACUAUUCGAGUUUUUAUGCCGUGUGCAUUGAGUAAUGUAAUAAAAUCUGGGCUAAAAUUUGAAAGAUUACGAUUUCUAGCUUGGCAGCAUAUUUGAAUGAUCAUCGAUACCUGUCAUUUACAAUUCAUGAGUUCACUUUCGGUUGGUAAACGGAAAAUGGUAUUUGAAGCGGUGUGGGGAUGGAAAUAUGGAAGAGAAGGACGAUGAAUAAUCCUUGGUAUACGAUAUAUUAUACAAAUUUAUGUCAAAGUAAAUUUCAGAAUUUGAGAAACCAAUUUUGGCCAUGUUGUAAUGAAAAAUCAGCUCAGCGUGAGCAUAUUUUCGUUCCAUUUACGUUUCCGAUUCAUCGCAUGUAUCACUGGUUUAUAUUACUACUAUACUCGUUUACAUACACGUAAUAUUCCAUACGCAUUUUGUAUUUGUAAAUUUGUUUUUCACUAUUUUAUCUUUACGGAUUUUUUUGUCACAAUUGCAAGCCGUAAUGAAAAAGAUUAUUAGGAAAAUGUUGAAAAAAAAAACGAUACAAAUAAACUGUGCCUUA